UCUUUGUUUACAGUUACAUUAAUUCAAUUUAUCGAUUGUAACUCCUCAUGUGCUGCAAAUUAUUUACAGGAUUGGUGGAUCAGGAAUGGAUAUUAGGAGCAAAGCAAGGACUCUGCCGAAGCCAGUGACUGAUCCUUCAAAACUUCCCAAGUGGAACUACGAUGGCUCUAGCACUGGCCAAGCUCCCGGAGAGGACAGUGAAGUCAUUUUAUAUUUAACGCUCGUUAUAUUCAAUGCCCACAGUCCUCAGGCAGUUUUCAAAGAUCCAUUCAGGAGGGGAAAUAAUAUUUUGGUUAUGUGUGAUGCUUAUACUCCAGCUGGUGAACCAAUCCCGACGAACAAGAGACAUAGUGCGGCGAAGAUCUUCAGCCAUCCUGAUGUUGCUGCUGAAGAACCAUGGUAUGGUAUCGAGCAAGAGUACACCUUGUUGCAAAAGGAUGUGAAGUGGCCUCUUGGAUGGCCCGCAGGCGGUUAUCCUGGUCCUCAGGGCCCAUAUUACUGUGGAAUUGGAGCUGACAAAGCUUUUGGUCGUGACAUUGUGGAUGCUCACUACAAGGCUUGUCUUUAUGCCGGAAUUAAUAUUAGCGGCAUCAAUGGGGAGGUGAUGCCCGGCCAGUGGGAAUUUCAAGUUGGACCUGCUGUCGGCAUCUCAGCUGGUGAUGAGGUUUGGAUUGCUCGUUACAUAUUGGAGAGGGUUGCUGAAAUGGCUGGAGUGGUUGUCUCAUUCGACCCCAAGCCUAUCCAGGGUGACUGGAAUGGAGCUGGUGCUCAUACUAACUAUAGCACCAAAUCCAUGAGGGCUGACGGUGGCUAUGAAGUCAUCAAAAAGGCCAUUGAGAAGCUCAGCCAUAGGCACAUAGAGCACAUUGCCGCCUAUGGUGAGGGCAACGAGCGCCGCUUAACCGGAAAACACGAGACUGCUGACAUCAAAUCUUUCAAAUGGGGAGUUGCAAACCGUGGUGCAUCGGUUCGUGUGGGCCGGGACACUGAAAAGGAAGGGAAGGGUUACUUUGAGGACAGGAGGCCGGCCUCGAACAUGGACCCUUACGUUGUUACCUCCAUGAUUGCUGAGACCACCAUCCUCGGCAAACAUUAAGCAUUAUUAUUCUUCAAGUGAUUGCUGUUUUCGCUCGUUUUAUCUUAUGGGGAAAAAAAUCUGGGGUGUUGCUGGCUAAUACACUUUCAUGUUGGCAUUAUCCUGUGACAGCCUUUGCAUUUUAGGAUAUAUGCUCUAUUGUUUGUGUUUGAUUGUGGCCCUGUUUGUUCAGACAGGUAGGAUUAAAUAAUGUUGAAUUGUUUGGUUUGGUCUUGUUAUGAAUGUUGCCUAGGCUUUUGUUUAUGGUUUGGGAUUAUAAUGUUGUCCUUUUUGUCUUUUGUUUGAUAUAUGCUAUCCUUUUCCUUUGUCAUAUUUAAAUGGUUGCUUUGCACAUGUUUUGCCUUGAAGUGGUUUUUUCUUCAAAAUCAUUUGGGGUUAGCUCAAUGACCAAAACUUUUCAAAGAGAUGGGAGAAUAAAUAAAAUGCUAUUUGGAGAGUUUUGGUGUUUAAUCAUAUUUAAUGAUAAUACUGAUAUUUGAGAUUAAUAACGAAGGAAUUAGUCAAAG